UACAAAUAUGUGUCAAUAUUUAGGACGUUUAGUCUUCAGCCGGAAGGAUUUUUCAACAGCUUUUUAUCUUUCUUUUAAAGUGACCAGUUGAAAUGAUGGACUGGUUGUAUUUGAUAUUCUUGUUUAUGCUGACAUGGUUCAUCAUAGCUCUAGUAAUGGUUAUCUUGGGUGAUUGUGAUCUUUUACUUCAAAUAGCUGAAAAAUUUGGAAAAUCAACAAACUCUUUAAAGAAUAAAGUGGUCUGGAUAACUGGGUCAUCCAGUGGUAUCGGCGAAUGUUUAGCUUAUGAGUUGUCCAAAGUGGGCUGCAAACUGAUUCUAUCAGCUCGGCGAAAAGACGAAUUAGAGCGUGUCAGAGGACAAUGCAUUGAGAAAGGGGGUGUACAGGCGGAUGAUAUUUUAGUUGUACCGUUAGAUAUGGUAGAAUUUGAUACUCAUGCAGCAGCUGUCGAGAAAGUCAUUAAUAAAUUUGGGCAGAUUGACAUUCUAGUGAACAAUGCUGGACGAUCACAGAGAGCUGAAUGGAUAAAGACAGCAUUAGAAAUUGACCAACAAGUUUUGAAUGUAAAUGUACUUGGAGUGCUCUCACUUACAAAACUUGUUUUACCGUAUAUGAUCAGAAGGAAUGAGGGACAUAUUGUUAACAUGAGCAGUAUUGCUGGCAAAAUAGGGGCACCGUUUUCAGGAUCUUACACUGGAGCUAAGCAUGCAAUCCAGGGUUGGUUUGAUGCCUUGAGAAUUGAGGUUCUAGAAAACAACAUAGCAGUCACUAAUCUGUGCCCAGGACCAGUAUUUUCAAAUCUUUUGGAUAUUGCUUUCGUAGGGGAAGCAGGAAAAGUACUAAAGCAGAAAAUGGAGCCAACUGACAAACGGAUGAAAACAACACGUUGUGCUGAAUUAAGUGCCAUAGCAAUAGCCAAUAAACUUGAUGAAUGUUGGAUUGCCUUGAAUCCUGUUCUUUUUCUUACAUAUGCAAAUCAGUAUUCCCCAGUGUUGGGGAAAUUUGUUGGAAAAAAGUUUGGUUUGAAGUUGAUGAAAAGAUUGAGAGAAGGACGUUAAAUAGAAAAAAAAGUAUUCAUCAUGGUUCUGUUUAGAUCCUGUCUAUUUCUACAUACACAUUAAAUUAUUCAACUACUAGCUUAAAUUUUUUUGAAAAGGGUACUUUAACAUUUUAUUAUAUUUUGUUGUUGAAUGUGUAUUAAAAAGGAAGAUUUUUUACUCAAA